AACGGAGGACUGGGGCUUGGUCUUGAAGUUUUCAGAUGCAUCUGUAGAUGAAUCAUAACAGCAUCAAGAUGUCGGGACGAACAGGCCGCGCGGAGACCCGAAGUCGGGCUAAAGAUGACAUCAAAAAGGUGCUGGCGGCCAUCGAGAAGGUGCGCAAAUGGGAGAAGAAGUGGGUGACGGUGGGAGACACGUCCUUACGCAUCUUCAAGUGGGUCCCGGUGACCGACACCAAGCAGAUAUAUCGCACCAAAUCCACAGGUGGUGACGUCAGAGGGAUGAAGGACGUGGUCCUGGAGAAUGCUAACUCUUUACUGGAUUUCACUGAUGAAAACAGCAACCAGAGCUUCCUGUCGGACGUGUACCAGUCCAAGAUGGAGAACAGCAGCAGCACCUCCAGCUCGCAGCAGCUCAGCCCCCCUCACGCCUCCGGCCUGCGGGCCGAGGACUCCCAGCCCCCCAUGCUGGGCCAGGAGAGCGUGGAUGAGCCGGUUCAUGUCGGACAGGAGGGGGCGGACGAGCCUCCCACGCUCAUCAAGGAGGACCUCCUCUCCCCGGGAGCGCUCCGGCAGAGCAGCCCAGACACACAGGAGGAGCUGGAGGAGUCAGGAGCGCCUCCUUUGAAGAAGAUCUGCACAGGAGACCACGCUGUCCUCAGAUAGCUCAUUUAUAAUCACUUUUGUCAAAACGCACCAAAACACCUUUCCUCAGUCAGAUGAGCUGAACUUUAAAAAAGUAUUCUGAGGUUUUCUUGACAUAUUUACGCAAUCUUUACAUUUCAGCAUAAAGAGAAAAAUACAUAUUUACAGCUAAAUCUCUGUUCCCUUUCAAAGGUCUUUAAGGUAUGCUGUUAUAAGUGCUUUUUAAAAUGAAUCGCGGGGAAUUUUCCAAACUGUGUGUGGCACGUCACUGCUGUUGCAGGCAGUGCAUUUUCAAUUGAAAUGCUGUAAAUGUUUUUGGCAUCUGUUUCUUUACUCGUUAAGCAGUGGAGCUUUACGUUAGCAUGCAUUGCUUCUUUUGUUAGGUUUACAGGCCAUUUUUAAAAGGUGUUAAGUGUGUAGCUUUAUGCAGAUCGAUGUUUAGAUGUGCCAUUUUAAUUAAAUACGAGGCAUUUUUUGGAACAGAUUUUCUUCUGGCUUAUCACAUGCAAGGAAAUGCUUUUUUAAAUAUAUUUAAAAUAUAAUUUGCCCAUGUUUAUAUCUGCAGACAUUGUAAACCAUAAUAAAUGCUUCUUUCCAAUUCAA